GUGAAGUUGUUGUCGCGUCGGAAAGGUGUUAAGAAACCGAAAGAAAAAAAACGCGAAGCGAAGCGCAGUCCGGUUGUUAUAAUUUUUUUUCGGUGCCACCCAGUUUUGUUUUGAUUUUAUAAUAUAUUAAAGAAAGAGAUUUCUGUGCUCGUCGCUGUCGUUUCUGCCGUUACCCGUUUGUUUUCCUUUUUCGAUUUGCGAAAUGCGCGCGCGCAAUUAAAGAAAAGCCGAGGAGACGGAGGCGACUCCAGUAAAUGAAAACUCAUCUACGCAUCUUGAGGCUGCAGCGGCGACAGCAGCAACAGCAACAAAAACAACAAACGCAACAAGGAAAGGAACAGGAAAAACAAACGCCUUUUCGUAUUCAAUCUAAUUGGAGGAGUCCUACCUCUCGCUCCCAGAGACCGCAAAUGUCGUAAACAUUGGACUAAAGGGGACAUUGGAUUCUAAGCACAACACAUUCGUGGGACAGUUACCGCAUAGAGCUUCCUGGCUCCCAACAGCAGUCAAUCUACCUUUGGCAGGCGUCGAGUGUUGCCGCUUAAUAGCGGCGGCGGCGCCGCAUGGAUCAUGCCGUGAAGGCGACGCGCGGCCGCCCGCUCAACACGCUGCGCUUCGAGAAUGAUGAGCUGGAAUGCCUCUAUCAGCGGUACACGCUCAAGCUGCAGCGCUUUUCGGUGCUGGGCGUGGUGGCUCUGGUGGUUGUCCUCUGCGGCGUAAUGGCGGCCCUGUCGCUGGCCUUCAACAAUGCGGCCACCUUUCAUAACAUCUUCAAUGCAAUUGUCUGUGUGCUAUUCGCCGUGGUCCUAGUCCUGCUGCAAUGCUCUGUGAUCAAGGAUCAUCACCUGCCCACACUGUGCUAUGGCAUUCUGCUCUUCACUGCGAGCAUCUGUGUGGUCUCGAUGCCAACGCUGGGCAGUGUGUUUCCCGUGGAUACCAAGGAGGUGAUGGCCGAGGGCGUCUGGCAGAUUGUCUUUGUGGUCUUUUUGGCCUACGCAAUGAUGCCACUGCAGAUCUGGGAGGCGGUGGCCUUUGGCAUUGCCCUGCCCUCGGUGCACAUCAGUCUCACCGUUUACAAGAUCUUCACGGAUGCAUUGCGUUACCUGGAAUAUAAUCAACUGAUUGCCAACAUUGUCAUCUUUAUUGGUGUGAAUGUGGCCGGCCUGGUGGUGAACAUCAUGAUGGAGCGGGCCCAGCGGCGGACCUUCCUCGAUACACGCAACUGCAUCGCCGCCAGGUUGGAGAUUCAGGAUGAGAACGAGAAGCUCGAGCGGUUGCUACUGUCCGUGCUGCCGCAGCAUGUGGCCAUGCAGAUGAAGAACGAUAUCCUCUCGCCGGUGGCUGGGCAGUUCCAUCGCAUCUAUAUCCAGAAGCACGAGAACGUGAGCAUCCUCUUUGCUGACAUUGUUGGCUUCACGGUGCUCUCCUCACAGUGCAGUGCCCAGGAGCUGGUGCGUCUGCUCAACGAGCUCUUUGGCCGAUUCGAUCAGCUGGCCCACGACAACCAUUGUCUACGAAUUAAGAUCCUAGGAGAUUGUUAUUAUUGUGUUUCCGGUUUGCCAGAGCCACGGAAGGAUCAUGCCAAGUGCGCCGUCGAAAUGGGACUGGACAUGAUCGAUGCCAUUGCCACCGUGGUGGAGGCCACCGAUGUAAUCCUGAACAUGCGCGUGGGCAUUCACACUGGCCGCGUGCUGUGCGGUGUUCUGGGUCUUCGCAAAUGGCAGUUCGAUGUGUGGUCCAACGAUGUGACACUGGCCAAUCACAUGGAGUCCGGCGGUGAGCCAGGCCGUGUGCAUGUGACCCGGGCCACCCUGGACUCACUGUCUGGUGAAUAUGAGGUAGAAGCCGGCCAUGGAGACGAGCGAUCCUCGUACCUGCGGGAUCAUGGGGUGGAUACGUUCUUUAUUGUGCCGCCACCACAUCGCCGGAAGCCACUGAUGCUCAAUACCCUCGGCGUUCGAUCGGCCAUCGGUAGUCGACGGAAGCUCUCUUUUAGGAACGUGUCCAAUGUGGUCAUGCAGUUGCUGCACACGAUCAAAUUCUCGGAGCCCGUUCCGUUCUCCAACAUAGCCACCGGUUCGUUUCCUUCAGCGGCAAACGCAUUGGGCGGCGGUGGCGUUGGCAUUGGUGUGGGCGUGGCACGUGGAAGCAGUAGUGAGGCAAACACCGGCAGCGGCGUACAGGUGUCGGAGAAGGGAGGAUCGCGUAAGGUGAUCCGUCUGCAAAAGAUCUUGCAUGCAACACCGCCACCGCACGGCGUGAGCUAUGGCAGCGUCGGCGGCGGUGCCAGCGUCGUCCUUGGCGGUAGUGGUGGUGGUAAUAAUAAUGGAGGAGGUGGUGGCGGUGGCGGUGGCGGUGUGGGCAGUGUUCAAGUGACCGUAGGCACAAAUCCCAACUCAACAGCGAGUACGAUUAGUCGCAUUCAUAGGCACAAUCACAAGAACAAUAAAUCGCAGUCAAAGGUGGCGGACAAGUUCAAGCGACCCUUCAGGAAGCGUCACUCGGUGGCUGCCCACCAUCAGCCCACCAAUCGGGUGAAUCGCUUCCUGUCGCAGGCAAUCAAUGCCCGGUCCGUGGACUGCGAUAAGUCGGAGCAUGUGGAUAGGCUGACGUUGCGCUUCCGGCAGAGCGAUAUGGAGCGCGAAUAUCACAAGGACUUCGAUCUGGGCUUCACCACAGCAAUGGGCUGCUCCCUGCUGCUGCUCAUCCUGGGAGCAGCGCUCCAGGUGACCGCCCUGCCGCGCACUCUCAUCCUGCUGCUGCUCUUCCUCACCGCCUUCAUUUGGGUGAGCGCCAUACUAAUGCUUCUCCUCGCCGUGCGUCUCAAAUGGAUCAUCUGGGACAUUUCGGAGAGUUUCACACUCCGCAUGGCCAUCACGAUCUUUACGAUUAUCCUCAUCUACUCCGUGGGUCAAGUGAAUGUGUUUACAUGUGUCUCGGAUCAUCCCUGCUCUGGCAAUGCAACAGCCACCGCCUGGUCUAGUCGUAGGGAGCUGGACCCGCACUUCUUCUCGUAUCCCAACGACUCGCACCGCAAGUGCUCCCUGCCGCAGUAUGUUUCCUUGUCGGCCGCCUUUGCCUUUCUGUCUGUCUCCGUGUUCCUCAGGUUGCCCAUAAUAUUCAAGUCGCUGCUGGUGCUGGGCAUGGGCACCAUCUACGGUCUGUUUAUCGAGCUGUCGCAUCAAAACAUCUUCGAAUGCUACGACAACCGGGUCAACGCCUCAAUUCCGCUUCACUUGAUCUCGCUGGCCCGUAUUGCCAUCUUCAUGAUUGCCAUACUGGUGCAUGGCCGCCUGGUGGAGGGCACUGCCCGGCUGGACUUCCUUUGGCAGCUGCAGGCCUCACAGGAGAAAAAGGAGAUGGACGUGCUGCAGGAGUCGAACAAGCGCAUUCUGCAUAAUUUGCUGCCCGCUCAUGUGGCUGCACAUUUCCUCGAUGCGCAAUUUCGCAACAACAUGGAGCUCUACCAUCAAAGCUAUGCCAAGGUGGGCGUCAUCUUUGCCAGCGUGCCCAACUUCAAUGAGUUCUACACAGAGAUGGAUGGAUCCGAUCAGGGCUUGGAGUGCCUUCGGCUGCUAAAUGAGAUCAUAGCGGACUUUGACGAGUUGCUUAAGGAGGAUCGAUUCCGGGGCAUUGAUAAGAUCAAGACCGUGGGCAGCACCUACAUGGCCGUUGUGGGUCUCAUACCCGAGUACAAGAUCCAGCCCAAUGAUCCCAACUCGGUGAGGCGCCACAUGACAGCACUUAUUGAGUAUGUGAAGGCCAUGCGACUGUCACUGCAGGAGAUCAACAGUCACUCCUACAACAACUUUAUGCUGCGUGUUGGCAUCAAUAUUGGACCUGUGGUGGCUGGGGUGAUUGGAGCCAGGAAGCCGCAGUAUGAUAUUUGGGGCAACACUGUGAAUGUGGCCAGUCGGAUGGACUCUACCGGUGUGCCGGGCUACUCUCAGGUAACCCAGGAAGUGGUGGACAGCCUGGUGGGUUCGCACUUUGAGUUCCGUUGUCGCGGCACCAUCAAGGUGAAGGGCAAAGGCGACAUGGUCACCUACUUUCUGUGCGACAGUGGCAACAAGUCGCUAAACGGAGAAGUGCGCAACGCCAUGUCCCUGCCCCAAAGUCUCCACGCGCCGGAUUAUUACAUGAAGGCCUCGCAAUUCCCGGAGAAUCGCGUCAACACGGACACCUACAGCAAGAAGGAGAACGGCCACCUAUAUCCGGGCGCCGGCGAGGAGCAGCAGUUGCUGCUGCAGCAUCAGCACAAGCAACUCGAUCCGCUGCCGCUGCCUGCGCCUCAGCCACCGCCACCGCCGGUGCAUCAUCAUCUGCACCAGCAGCAACAGCAGCGGCUGAAUAGCAAGCUGCAGAAGCAGCCCAACUUCAUGGCCAACGGCGGACUGCCCAAUAUAAGGGAAAACGGCAAUGGGAAUGGCAACGGGCACAAUGGCGACCAGCAGCACGGAGACUUCGCAACUUCAACGACAACGCCGGCUGCAGUGGCGGUUGUUCCCUUCCAGCACCAGCUACAGUUCCAGCAUCCACACCCACAUCCACAUCCAGUGCAGCACCACCAAAUCCUACUCCAGCACCAGCAUCAGCUGCAGCUGCAGCACCAGCACCAGCACCAGCCCGUUCCUUCGGUAAUGUUGCGCGAAUUUAAUAUUAUUGAGAACCCAACUCUGGGCGGCAUCCGGCAUCCGCAGGUGGAGCAGCUGCCGCCGCAGCACCACGGCAGCCUAGAUCUAUCCGAGAUGGGCGGGAAUAUGGGAUUGGGAAUGGGCAUGGGUGUGGGUAUGGGAAUGGGUGUAGGGGCCGGAGGAGUGCUAAGCGGCGGCGGCAGUGAUUGCUUCAUGAUGCCGCGAUCGCGAGAUCGCGAGUUACGCACCUAUGCGCCGCCCUUUAACCAGCAUGGCCAUCAUCCACUACUGCAUCACCUCCAUUCGAAUCCGAACCCGCAUCAGAGCCAGCAUCAGCAUCAGAACCCGCCAUCGUCCACCAGUUUGGGCCUGGGCUAUGGCCACUGCCGGGAGAGCGAGCCGCUAUUGCAUGCCAGCAGCGUCGCGCCGGUAGCCAAGAUCAUGCCCAUGCAGCAUGCGCCAAAGUACGAGCCACCACGUUACACUUCUCCCCACACCGUGUUGUCGCAGCAGAAGCAGCAGCAGCAGCAGCCACAUCCCGCCCAGGAUCAGCAGCCACAGCGCCAGUACGCCAUGUAUUCGCAGCAGCAGCUGCACCAGACGACGACGACGACGCAGCCGCAGUUGCCGCCGAAGCCCACGCUGAGGACGUACAUGAAGCCGCUGCCGAAGUUACCACCAGCGGAGCUGGAGGAGAGCCGGGACAUGUCCUCCACAGAUGACCUUAGCUCGCGGCCGCACUCGCCCUCGAUGAGCAGCUCGGACGAGAGCUACUCGAAGACCACCGAAGGCGAGGGCGAGGGGGAUUGCGACGAUAAUCCACCGCCACCGCCGCGUCUACCCAACGGCGGUCAACUGCAUCACCUACAGCACCUGCAGCAUCUCGCCCAGCAUCUGCCGCAGCGCAACGGUCUGGUCAAUCCGCUGCAAUGGCUCUAUCCCUGCGACAUCCAGGUGGAUCCCACCUCGCCGGUGGUGGAACAGCUGCAUGACUUUGAGCUGAGCUCCACAACCGAGAGCCAGGGUCAGGGACAGGGACACACCACCAGCAACACGACGACAACGACGACAAGUAAUGCACAGCAGAACAACAAGGGCGAUGGGUGCAACCAGAAAGUGGUGACUGCCACAUCCACAACGGGUGUGGUCAGUGCCACCGCCACCAAGUCACCCUUUGAGCGGGAGCUGCAGCGCCUGUUGAACGAGUCGACGCGAGCUCGCUGCCUGGCGGCCACCACCACGGAACACACGACCAGUAAUGGCAGCCGCGACAUGAGCUACUCCCUGAGCAACGGCAGGCUGAGCUCAAGCAAUGGCCAUGGGCCAGCAGGAUCCGGUUCGGGAGUGGGCAAUGGCAGUGUCAGUGCUAGUGGCAGUGGUAGUGGCAGCGGUAGCAGCAAUGGUAAUCUCAGUGGCGGCAGUGGCAGCAACUCAAACACAGGCAACAACAACGGAGGUCAUAAGCAGCAACAGGAGCACAUGGAGCACAUGGAACACGAACUGCUAGCCGGCAAGUUGCUGCCUGGGAGCAGCAGCUUUAUGAUUGCCAAGCAUCCGGUGGGCUUGGAGGCCAUCAAGGAGAUAACGCGCAACAAGAAUCCCUCGGAGUCGAGUCAAAUGCAAACCUCGGACACGGAAUCCUGCGAGAUCCUGCACGAGAAUCGCAACCAGCAGAUUCAUGCCCUGGCCCUGCUGGAGAUGCACUCGAUCAAGGAGCAGCAGCAGCACAACCUCCAGCAGCAGCAGCAACAGCAGAGGUCACACCGCCAGCGACCGCGCUCCAAGGAGCUGCAGUACAGCCACGAGAGCCUGGACGGUCUGGAUGGAGUGACCCAGCAGCAGCAGAGGCACCCACGCUACCACCACCAUCAUCACCACCAACAGAGGCAACAGCAGCACCAUCAGCAGCAGCAGCAGCAGCGAUAUAACCAUUUGCAGAAGCAAGAGCAGGACGAGCGUGACGAUACCGAAGAUAACCUGGCCGACGAGGAGUUUGAGGACGAUGAAGUGGGUCGUGAUGUUCGACAGAAGCGCCAACAGAGGCCAACGGACGUCAGCCACAGACCACAAGACGAUGACGACGAGGAGGAGGAUCAGCAACAGGAUCGGGAACGCAAGGAUGCGGCAGGGUACGGCCUGGAGGCCAAUGUGAUAAACGACGAGCUAAAGUAUGGGGCAGCACACCUGAAUCACCAGUCCAUGGACUCGAAUCCCUUGGAGAGCCAAUCGGAGUGGUCGGAUGAUGAUUGCCGCGAAGAGGCCACAGGUGGAGCCGAGUCAACGGGCUAUAUUACGGACGAGCCAGGCUUGGAAAACAUUUCCCUGCUGAACGAGGCCGGCCUGACCGAUGCCGAGGGUGCUCUGUCGGACGUCAAUUCGCUGUACAAUGCACCCGAUGUGGAUGACACCUCAGUGUCCAGCCGGGCCAGCUCGCGGCUACUCAGCCUGGACUCGCUGAGCGGCCUCUAUGACUGCGACCUGGACUCCAAGCAGGAGCUGGCCAUUGUCAAUGCCUCGCACAAGAUAACAAGUAAGUUUGGGCCGCCGCCUCCAUCGCCGGCACAGUCUCAGUCGCAGUCGCAGUCGCAAAACCAAACCCAAUCACAGAAUCAGGCGCAGUUGGAGGAGAUGGAGUAGAGAGUAAAGAUUGAAAAGUACUUAAGAUGGAGAUACUUGCACUUGCUGGUGAGGAAUGAGAAUGAGAAAUGUGAAACUCAAAACGUUGUUAUUGCUACAAAUGCAAAAUGGUGUCUAUUAAUUAACAAAACAAAAAACAUACACGUAAACCUAAACAAAAGCUAGAAUAUAUAUAUAGGAAGACAUAUACAUAUAAAUAUAUAUAUGUGUAUAUAUAUUUAUGUAUGACGUAAAUACCCAUUAGGCAUUAGACAGACUCUCGUAUACAUAGUAUAUGCAGUUGAGUUCUAUAUGUAUCUAAAACUACCUAGUAAGGAGCACGUACAUCCAGUUAAGCGUUUCCAGUUACUAUAUCCCGCAAAGCAAAUUAAUCUAUAUUUCGCGAUAUGUAAAACCAUGUAUUCAUCAUUUAGUGCGCUUAGGAUCUCCUAAGGACUCCCAUCUGUUAUUUAUUUACGAGAAUAUAUAUGCAUAUAUACGAUAUGUGUGUAUCUUAAAGCGAAUUAAUUGCAUGACAAGUUUUGUAAAUAAACUUAAUAAAUAUAUAGAGACUGCGGCACACAUGGAGCUGAAUGAUAGGAUUGCAGAGUUGAAAUUCAAGUCUCUUCUUUGUUGCUUUUUUUUUGUGUGGUUUUCUUUUUAACUUUUCCCCCUCAUUUCCCCGUUUCUGUUGCCACGCCAAGCGUCCACCACAACCCCGUGUGCCAUUCUAUGUAAUCGAAAAGCUGGCCACCUGCUUAGCUUUGUAUAUUCCAUGAUAUAUGAUAUAAAAUAUAUGAUAUUGCGAAUUUUCUACUUUAAGUUACACGAGAGGGAGGCUGACUUGAAGUCGCCUCCAUUGCUCCUUCGAUGGCAGCUGCACAACUAACUCUUAAUUUGCUAAUGCUAAUUACCAGUCUGUAACUCAUAAGCCUUAGUUUUUAAUUCACAUUUCGGUGUACUCUCGACUUUUGUCAGUUCGGGAAAGGAGUUCAGGCAAGGACCUUAUAAUAGACAAGACAAGUAUCGAUUGCUCUUCCUGCCUGCACUUUUCUCUCUCUUUGUCCUUAAUGGGAAUAUUCCUACAGCUACAUAGGCUACGUAUGCUAUCGACUGCAAAUUAUGUAUGUACAUAAACCAUUUGAUAUAGAAGGAGGAAGAAAAGAAGGGAAAUAUAUGAAUAUUAUGAUUUACAACUACUAGGACUUUAAGGAAUGCAAAGAGACAAAAACAUAUUCUUGAUAUUGUUGCCCCGACAAAAAAACAGAAACAGAAACCGAUUGAAUCCUAAGCCCAAGCCCAAACAGAAACCAAACGAAAAACAAACAAAUGAAAAACAAAACAAACUGUGCAAA